GGGCUCCGCCCACCCGGCAGGCUGGGCGCUCACUACGAACUAGCUGCUUGGCGCCGCGGCGGCCGUUCUGCGAGCGCUGCAGGAUGAAAGCGGGCGUCACCCACUGCCGAUGUUCCCGGUGCUUCUCGGUCCCUUCCAAGAGGAGGCUGAAGAAGAGGCCUCGUGUCCUGACCCUGCUGUCCCUCCCAGAAGAUAUCCUUUUCCAUGUUCUCAAAGGUCUUCCUAUAAAAGACAUCCUUUCUCUCCGAGCUGUGCAUUCUCAUCUUAAGUAUCUUAUAGAUAACCACACCUGCAUUUGGGCCUGUGCAAGCUUUCAAGAAGAGUGGCCUUCCCCGAGAAACUUGCAAAUCUUUGAAAGGGCUGCAGAAAAGGGUAACUUUGAAGCUGCUGUUAAACUUGGAAUCGCCUACCUCUACAAUGAAGGCCCAUCGGUUUCCGAUGAAGGCCGUGCAGAAGUGAACGGGCUCAAGGCCUCCCAUUUUUUCAGCCUGGCCGAGUGCUUGAACGUCUCCGCAGUGCCUUUUGUCUGGCUGUUCAUACGCCCCCCCUGGUCACUGGGCGGGAGCUGUUGCAAAGCUGUGGUCUACGAGAGCCUCCGAAGAGAGUGUCAGCAGCGAAAAACUCAACGAGGAUCGAUUCUCUACUGUUUGGCAAAAGUUUUGAGUCUCUUUGAGGAUGAAGGGAAGAGGAAGGAAGCCCUGGAGAUGUUUGAAGACUCCUCAAAACAUGGCUGCUUGCACAGCUCUUACCUCUUGUGGCAAAAUAACCAAAGAGCUGCGAUGUCAGAUCCUGGCCGAUACCUCCAGAGCCUCAGACAACUGAGGGACUACGCAGCCAAAGGUUCUUGGGAAGCUCAGAUCACCCUUGCCAAAGCUUGCCGGAACGGAAAUCAACUGGGAUUGGAAAGCAAGACGUCCAUCGAGAUGAUCUCCCAGUUUUUCCAGGCCUCCGUCCCUCUGAGCAAGCAAAGCAUUUUCACUGUCCAGAAGGGCAUGAAUGAGACGAUGAGAUACAUUUUGGUUGAUUGGCUGGUAGAAGUCGCCACCAUGAAAGAUUUCUCCAGCCUCUGCCUUCACAUGACCAUUGGCUGUGUGGAUCGGUACUUGAAAUUAAGAUCUGUGCCCCGGGCUCGGCUGCAGCUUUUAGGGAUUGCAUGCAUGGUUAUUUGCACCCGCUUCGUGAGCAAAGAGAUUCUGACGAUUCGCGAAGCGGUUUGGUUAACAGACAACACGUACAAGUACGAAGACCUCGUGAGGAUGAUGGGGGAGAUCAUCUCUGCCCUGGAAGGCAGGAUAAAGAUUCCUACGAUUGUUGACUAUAAGGAAGUGCUGCUGAACGUGGUAUCGCUGGAGAGCAAGACGGCCUCCCUGUACAGCUUCAUCUGUGAACUUUCCCUCCUAAACACAGGCCUUUGCGGCUACUCCCCGGCCCGUUUGUCUGCGGCGGCUUUGUUGCUAGCAAAAGUGUUGCACAGACAAGCUCGUCCUUGGACUAGCCAGUUAACGGAAAAUACAGGAUUUUCCCUCGAAGAGCUGAUUCCCUGUGUUCUGAGUCUCCACAAAAAAUGCUUCCAUGAAGAUGCUCCCAAAGAUUACAGGCAGGUAUCCCUGACUGCUGUGAAGCAAAGAUUUGAGGAUAAGCGCUAUGAAGAAAUUGGAAAAGAAGAGGUGAUGAGCUACAGCCAGCUCUGCUCCCUGCUAGGAGUGAAACAGGAAGACCCAGAGCCUGGAUCUUCGUACGUGAACGCGGUGGAGACCUUCCUGACUUCCCCAUCUGGAAAACGUUCUAAAAGGAGGAGGGAAGACAGCAUCCAGGAGGACCGGGGUAGCUUUGUUACUACCCCCACGGCGGAAUUGUCCACUCAGGAAGAAAGUCUUCUGGAUAAUUUUCUGGAUUGGAGCUUGGAUGCUUGUUCAGGCUAUGAAGGAGAUCAAGAAAGCGAAGGCGAGAAGGAGGGAGAAGUUACAGCUCCUACUGGAAUUCUGGAUGGAACUCUACCGCCUCAGGACCUCAGGAAGCCUUGCUGUUGCCAAGAAUCCAGCGAUGAUGAGAGCCUUCCCCAAGAAGGAUGUCAGUACAUCUUCAAGGAUUAUGACCAUCAUCCCAACAAGGAGGAGAGCAAGUUCGCCAUCGUGCAAGCCUCUCCCGGGGAAGCCAGUUCGGGCUACGCCUCGGUCAAUAGUACCAGCCCUCCUUCUGCUACCAAUGGCAACUUCAGCACAUUUCUCAAAGCCAAUGGUUUGGGGCAACCACUGAGGCUGGCGAAGGAUAAAAUCCUACCGCUGCCUUCGCGCUCAGAAUCAUGUUUACAUUCUGCCAACGGCCGGCCGAGCAGGAGACAAGCCAAGCGGAAGAACGUGACGCCAUACAGUGAAGAAGAGAAGAGCCACUUAGGUUUCUUAAGCCUUUGAAGGCGGUGUGAAAGCCGGAAGUUCGUUGAAGCUUGAACCUUUAGAGGCUGUUUCUCAGAACGUCAGAAUCCUUCAAAGCAUGAGAAGUUGUUGUACCAAGUAUCUUGGAUGUUGUGGGGCAUCACUCUACGCCGCUUCCCAUGGUAGUUCCUGACUCCCCUAACAACGGUCAACUUUUCUUGAGGUUGUUGCCCUCGCUACAUCCCACCACGAUAGCCAAAUCAAAAGUGAAGGUGCUAAGACAUGCAACCCAAGACAUGGAAGACAUACCUCUCCUCCAAGACCAAAUCAUAGUCUUUCCCAGGAGAUGUUGGGCUUGCUUGUGUGCCAGAUAAGGUUAACCAAGUCAAUCUUGGUUCACGUUCCACAUCGUACAGCUCAGCGCUUCACCCCGAUCUUCUUACAAAUUCGGAAGAAAUUCUCUAUAAAUUUAUCUCUUUCCCUUGCUAUUAGAGCAACUUCUCCAUGAAAUGAAGAAGACCAGAUUAGUACGCACAUACAAAUAGACCCUUGGCCAUCUUCUGAAAUAGAAAUAUCUCAUUGAUGGAUCUUCUCUGUAGAUCUUGAUAAAAGGUGGGCUGGAUAUUGUAGUCUGGACCUCAUCUUGAGAGGGUGUGGAGCACUGUUUUCUUGGCAGCUUGGAACUGUCCAGUCUUAUUUUGAUGAAGGGGGGAUACUACCUCGUUCAAACUCUUGGUUAUCUCAAAUUGUUUUUUCUAAUGUGACCCCUUUUUUUCCAAGUCGGUGAAGCUACUCGAGGGCACCAGGUUAGGAGAAGGAUGGUCUGGAGCAACAUUUCUCAACCUCAUCCAUUUUAAAACGCGCGGACUUCCAACUCCCAGAAUUCCCCAGCCAGUUGAAGUCCGCACAUUUUAAAAUGGAUGAGGUUGAGAAAUACUGCCCUGUAACCGGAUUCUGCCAUUCAAUGAAGAAUAGGCCGUGAUUGUUUACCAAUUUUUUUCCCCGUAUAGUUGAUGUUUCCUGCCUUUCUGUUCAAAAUGAUCGACGUGACUUGUGGACGAGUGUCAUAAAGUUAUUUAGCAAAUGCAUCCUAUCCUUUACUGUUUCUUAACAACGUUCUUUCCCAAGUGUUCCUUUGCCAUUGUGUUAUUUCCUUCUUUGCUUGCUCCUUACUAUUGUGUUAUGUCCUUCUUUGCUUGCUCCUUACUUUCUUUGAUUUUACUUGUUCCUUUCCUCCUAAAAAUGCACGCCCAUGGCCACACAACUGUGACGACAACAGUGUUCUGUGGAGCAAGGGGGACCCAGGUUUUGUGACCUUAGUUUGUUUGUUUGUGUCGGAAACAUCACAGUUAAAACAAGGCAUAUGACAUGAAAUUUAAAAUAUAAAAAAACCCAAGAUUAAAACGUACAAAUUAAACAGUUCUUGUCUUGGAAUUAGCAACAUUAAUUGUGUUCUAUCAUGUUGCCAUGAGGUCCUAAAGUAUACACUGUUCGGGGCACAAAGGACAGGUAUACAAUAUGUGGUGUUUUUCUGCCACCACAAUCGCAAAGAGCACAAUCUUUGCGAUUGUGAGCCCGUUGAUGGAAAUGACGCCCGCGUUGAUCAAUUUAAUAGGGUAGAAAUUUUGAAAAACCCUAAAAAAAAGAAUAGGUUGAGGUCAAUAAGCAGAGCCCACAAGUUGUCAAAUAUGUAAUAUGGCAUUUUAAAUGGGCUUGAAUGAACUUGAAGAAACAAACCACUUUCUUUUCGAGUUGAAUGAUCACUGAAAAAUAACCACCUUUCCAUCUUUACGUGACCAGGAGACCUUGAAAUAAUGUUUUUUGUUUUUUAGUUAUUUGUUGUAUUGUCCAAUUGGGGCCUGGAGAAAAAAAAAUGUAUUUUUUUUCAAUGAAUUAUGCCUCCAUAAACUGUCUACCAAGAUUUUAAAAAAGGCUUGUGUUUGAAGACUGCGUGAAUUUGAGGAAUAUUGGACCUGGUCAAUGUUUUCUUUUUUAAAAAAAAGAGAUUAAUGUUAAUGAACGUUCAUGUUGGCUAGUGAUUUUUUUUUAUAUAUAAAAACGAACUUUGUAUACAAA